UGUGUGGCAAGAAAUACUCAUAGUAGAGACUAGAAAGAGAGGCGAAGAAGCCAAAGCAAAUCAAGCAGAAAAAGCUUACACUUUCGCAGAGAUAAAUCAAAGAGGAAAAACAAAGAAGAAAAAAAGGGUAAAUAGAAAUGGAUGUGAUCAAAACCCAGCAAAUAUCAUCUCGACCAAUCGAGAAGGUGAUAGUUCAUCCUUUGGUUCUUCUAAGCAUCGUCGACAACUACAAUCGCGACGCUAAAGACACCCGCAAGCGCGUCGCUAAAGACACCCGCAAGCGCGUCGUCGGAGUCCUUCUUGGCACCUCCUUCAAAGGCACCGUUGACGUCACCAACAGCUACGCUGUGCCUUUUGAGGAAGAUGAGAAGGACUCGAGCAUAUGGUUCCUUGACCACAACUACCAUGAAUCAAUGUUUUCGAUGUUUAAGAGGAUUAAUGCGAAGGAGCAUGUUGUUGGUUGGUAUAGUACAGGCCCAAAAUUACGGGAGAAUGAUCUAGACAUUCACAGAUUAUUCCACAACUAUGUCCCAAAUCCUAUCAUGGUGAUUAUUGAUGUCCAACCUAAGGAGUUGGGGAUACCCACUAAGGCGUACUAUGAUGUUGAGGAGUUUAAGGAGAAUGGCACUCAAAAGAGCCAAAAGUUUUUUGUUCAUGUUCCUUCUGAAAUUGCUGCUCACGAAGUUGAGGAGAUUCGUAUGCCAUUUGAUGAAAUUUAG